AUGCCGUCACACGAAAAGGACAAGCCGUGGGACACAGAAGACAUCGACAAGUGGAAGGUCGAGACCUUCAAACCCACAGACAAUGUCGGCGGCUCCUUCGUCGAAGAGUCCAGCUUCUCCGUCCUCUUCCCCAAAUACCGCGAAGUAUACCUGAAGGAAGCAUGGCCACUCGUCACCAAGUCCCUAGAGAAGUAUGGCAUCGCCUGCAGUCUCGACUUGAUUGAGGGCUCCAUGACUGUGAAGACCACGCGAAAGACAUAUGACCCCGCUGCCGUGCUCAACGCCCGCGAUCUCAUCAAGCUCCUCGCCCGAAGCGUUCCUGCGCCGCAGGCCGUCAAGAUUCUCGAGGACGGAGUAGCAUGCGACAUCAUCAAGAUCCGAAACCUGGUCGGCAACAAGGACAGGUUCGUCAAGCGCCGGCAGAGGCUUCUCGGACCCAACGGCUCGACGCUGAAGGCGCUGGAGCUGCUCACCGAGACGUACAUCCUCGUGCACGGCAACACCGUGUCGGCCAUGGGGCCGUACAAGGGCCUCAAGGAGGUACGGCGCAUCGCCAUCCAGACCAUGGACAACAUCCACCCCAUCUACGCCAUUAAGCAGCUCAUGAUCAAGCGUGAGCUCGCGAAGGACCCGGAACUCGCCAACGAGAGCUGGGACAGGUUCCUGCCCGACUUUGGCAAGAAGACGCUCAGCCACCGCCGCGUGCCGCACAAGGUGUCGGACAAGAGCAAGAAGGUGUACACGCCCUUCCCGCCGGCGCCGGAGAAGAGCAAGGUCGACAAGCAGAUUGAGAGCGGCGAGUACUUCCUCGGCAAGGAGGCCAAGGCGCGGGCGGUGGCGCAGGAGCGCGUCGAGUCACAGAAGCAGAAGAAGGAGGAGAAGCUGCAGAAGCGGGAGCGCGAGUACGUGGCGCCCGAAGAGGGGGAGAAGAAGAAGAAGCGCAAGAAGACCGAGGCGUAA